AUGUCAUGCAGGCUUCUUGCCCAGGUUGUGUAUCUACAGGCACAAGCUACAAAGCAACAAUCUAGAAAAUCAUCCUCCAACACACCCAUGCUGCCAAUAUCUCGAGUAUCACAAAGCUAUGCGGACGACCUUGAGUCUCUCUUUUACAUGUUCAUUUACAUUUGCAUCAAAUACAGCAGCCCUCAUGGUGAGGAGCGUCAAGAGCCUGCAAAGGACCCACCACAUGAGAUAUUACCAGAUAGCUGGAUGACCCUAGACCUAAAUGCCUGCAAGUUAAAAAAAGUCUAUUUUUUGGCGGUUUCAUCUGAGGAAGCCUGUAUCAUCAAUCAAUCUCACCCAUAUUUUGCCAACCUGAUCCCCCUGGUGAAAGAGUGGUGUACAUUGCUAAAAUACAACAUGGAGAUACAGGUGACUUUUGACAGCAUUCUUGAUAUGCUAGAGCAUCAUCUCGCUGCUCUUCCGGAAGGCAUCUCUUUGUUCUCAUCCACUAAGGAGAACCUCAAGAAAUUUGCUGUUGGUCUUAAUGAUCUUGUCAAACACUUGAAGCACAUUGCCAAGCGGGAGUCAUCUAUCAGAACAGAGUCACCUAUCUCCAUGCAUUUGGCUAACUUAAAGCGGAAGAGAGCAGAAGCAGAAGACGAAAGCGGCUGA